CACGGCCACAGCCUCCAGGACUCCUUCCCCCCUCUCUCUCUCUCACAUCUCUACUCUCUCAAUGUACCCCCGACUUCCCCCAGCCAUUGCCGUUUUCGUCUGUGACCAUUGCGGCAAAGAGAGCGCCGAUUCCAGUGCCGUCUUCACCAGAGCAAAUUAAGAGCUACACCAAAUCUGUGAAGAUGCAAGUCAUGGUGUCUGGUAGUGCGCUUUCAGUUUCAUUUGUUCAUGGUGUCUCACAACGUUUCCCUGUUAGUCUCAAAUCCAUCAAUGGGGAUGUAAAACGCCAGAAAGCAAGUUCUUUGUGUUAUCCAAUUCAGCAUAAUGGAGUCGAAGGAAUUGGUUUGAGUAUGGUUGACAGCUUUUCAAAUAACACUGUCAACUCAAUGUCUGAGCAGUCAAAAGAUUUUGUAGAUGGAAAGGAACUUUCCUGUGAGUUAUACAAUGAUUCUAUAAGGAAGUUCUGCAAAGGUGGGGAUAUUGAUAAAGCAAUGACAUUUCUUUCUCAGAUGGAGGCUCUAGGCUUUCGUCCCAAUUCCUUAUCUUACUCCUGCUUGAUAACUACCCUUGGAAGUGCCAGCAGGACUUUGGAAGCUGAGGCAAUCUUCGAAGAAAUGGUACUCUCUGGGAUUAAGCCAAGGCUAAAAGUGUGCAAUGACUUGCUCAAAGGUUUCUUGAGAAAAGGCCUCUUGAAGCAUGCGGAUAAGGUUCUUGCAGCAAUGGAUCAAUUGUGUAUACGGAAGAAUCGAGAAUCCUAUGAGAUCCUUCUUGAUUACCAUGUCCAUGCUGGGCGCUUGAAAGAUACUUGGUCGGUCAUUGCUAAGAUGAGGCGGGAGGGUUUUCAACCAAAUUCAUUUGUUUACAGCAAGAUUAUUGGAAUUUACCGGGACAAUGGGAUGUGGAAGAAAGCAAUAGGUAUUGUGGAAGAGAUAAGGGAGAUGGGGGUUUCACUAGACAAGCAGAUUUAUAACAGUGUCAUCGAUACACUUGGGAAAUAUGGUGAAUUAGAAGCAGCCUUAGAAGUGUUUGAGAAAAUGCAACAAGAAGGCAUACGACCAGAUAUAAUGACAUGGAAUUCGUUGAUCCGGUGCACUUGCAAGUUUGGGGAUCUUUCUUAUGCUCUUGAGUUGUUUACUAAGAUGCAAGAAGAAGGGCUAUAUCCAGAUCCAAAGAUAUUUCUCACCAUUAUUAGCCGUUUGGGGGAGCAGGGGAAAUGGAAUAUGAUAAAGGAAGUAUUUGAGAAUAUGAAAUGCAGAGGACUUAGAAAAAGUGGGGUCAUUUAUGCAGUUUUGGUUGAUAUUUAUGGACAAUACGGGAGAUUUCAGAAUGCAGAAGAAUGCAUAAAUGGUUUAAAGUCAGAAGGUGUUGAGCUUUCAGCCAGCAUGUUUUGUGUGCUGGCAAAUACCUAUGCUCAACAGGGAUUAUGUGAACAGACAGUUAAGGUUCUUCAGCUAAUGGAAGCAGAUGGAGUCGAACCAAACCUCAUAAUGCUGAAUGUGUUGAUCAAUGCAUUUGGCAUUGCUGGAAGGCAUUUGGAGGCGCUAUCAGUUUAUCAACAUAUUAAAGAAAGUGUAGGGCACUGGAAUUCUUCAUUUAACUCCUUCUCAAGAUACUCCUUAAGCCUGUUAUCUACUAAUGAUAGUUGUAUUUUUCCUGAAGGGUAUUGCUCCUGACGUCGUCACCUACAGUACACUUAUGAAGGCAUUUGUAAGAGCAAGGAAGUUUGAUCAGGUUCCUAAAAUAUAUAGUGAAAUGGAAUCUGCUGGGUGUACACCUGAUAGAAAGGCCAGAGAGAUGCUGCAAACUGCAAUGAUGGUCCUUGAACAGAGACGUUAUUAAUACUAAGUGAUCUUUGGGGCUGUGAUUAUUGGCUUUUGUUUCUACAUCAACUCAUGAUUCAUAAGCCAUCUCAUGAUCAUUCUGAAGCUCACUUGAGGAAUUUUCUUUGACUUUCUCAUCAUAGCGGGUGUCUCAUAUUCCGAAGGAGAUUCUUUGGUCCUUGAUAUGAUUUACAUCCCCAACUUGGAGGUCAAGCAGUGUAUGCUGCAUGGGACGUGUUAAUUUUUUUUCCCCAAACGUAGGGUAAAUAUGAUACUGGAACUAUGCAGGCUUUGCAUCACACAUAAUGGAAGAGAAUCCCAUGACAUUAAACAUACUUACAUGUGAUCCUGACUCAUGUGAUUUUGAGGGAGAAGGUAAACCUUCAGUUAUAAGUAGCGCCUUCGAAGUAUCACAUGUUGUGCAUUAUAUUGCAUAUUGAGUUCUUAAUCUUUCAUGAACUUGCAUUGAUUAAGAACUCAAUAUGCAUAAUCGUAGCUUCUGUUGAAUUUCCAUGUGUAUUAUUUUCUCUUAGCUUCUGUUGAAUUUGCAUAAUCUUGCACAGUUUACAGAUAAUCUUGUUUAGGUGAAUUUUAGAACAUGGUAUUUUGUUUCCCUUCCAUGGACUUUAAAGCAUAUGGGACCUUCAAUAACAUUUAAUUUUUAUGCACCAGGCACUCAUUUUGAAAUUCCUGUGUUUUAUUUCCAUAUGUACCUACAAUGCCUAUACUAUACCUAUAUUUUUUGUAGCUGAAAAUGGUCACUGACAAGGCCGAUUUAUCUUUUCUCUCAGCUAAGCUGGAUUGACUCUGCCAUCUACUGGAUUUUCAGGUAUCCUUAUAUGUCUGUAAGAAUUCAAAUCCUGCUGCCCUUGCGCUUAUGUACUGGUUCAUAUAUCAGAAGCUGGUUGUGUCCCCAUCAAUUCAAUUCUGCUUAUGGUAUAUCUGUUGAAAGAAGUGCUUGAAGUGAAGUUGGAAAGAAAAGUUAAAACUGUAUACUUGCAAGUAGGGUAACAAUAAAAAAAGAAGGACCUUAAGUUGAGGUUGUUUGAAGUGUAGCAUCAUCGUCGACAGCAUGUGUGAUAAAAGAAAUCAUGUCUCCAAUCGAAUCUGGUUUUCAAGCACUGGUAACAAGAAAAAAUUGAACAUUGUUGCCACAAUUGCAUCACAUUAUGAUGUUAACUUAAUGACUUUCACAAGAAAUCUUAUUUGAAUGCGAAGCAUCAGUUUCCUGUUUGUUGAUGUUCUCAGUUAUUCAUAGUAGUAGAGCUCCUUUCAGUUUAUCAAUCAACAUUUUUUGUGCUUGUAUGAGGUUUGGUUUUAUG